AUGGACAAUGGGCUGGCGCCAUCAAUAAUCCAACUUGCGGACUUGACACCUACAUUCCUCAUGUUAUCCUCAUCACCCAAGUUUGAUAUUACUACUCUACAAUCACUGUCAGGGCUCGCUUCCAGCUCUGGCGAUUUUACUCAUCAUUUACACUCCAUCAGUGAAUGCAAUGGCAGAACACCUCGCGGUAUUGGUGACCUAUAUGAUGUUCUUGAUGCUAUCAAUUCCAUUUCCGCACUGCAUGAACCAACUGACUCUGAAGCAAACCUUGUGCUUAAUCUUGUAAGAGCCAAGCGUGAUGUUUUCCUAGCUCAGAAGGCGCUUGCAGAAUGUGUCAUACAAGAAAACGAGGCACUUAUGAGCCUGCUGAAAGUUCACGCAGCAGCAGCCGAGAAGAAGGUAGAUGAGACAGAUAUCGGGCUGGGAUGUAUGAGAGUUGUUUUCAAAGAUCAUGGUUGGUCCCAAGUCCCUCUUGAUCGUCCAUUACGAGGAAAAGGUCAACCAAGUUCUUGUGGUGCAUGA